AUGGCAUUCAUCUCUCCGAUAAUAUCCGACUCCGGCGCUAUUUGGAAGACAUUCAAAAUUGAAGUUCACGUGAACACGGAGCAGGGCGAUAGUCACAUCGACGUCACGACCUCACCUCGACCUAUGCGAGGCAUGCAAUAUUUCAAAAUCGAUGGAAUACCCAGGAGGUCUGGCGUCAUUUCUGGAUGCCUGGCUAUCUUCAUGUCGUUCUGA